CAAACUUUCUAUCCUUCUAAUACCCAAAUCUCUUAUUAUUUUUCAAGAACCAAGCCAUGCCCACCACCACCGUUACCACCACCACGACCACUUCUGAAGACUUCAGCUUCCCUACCUUGACGGGCACGGUCCCGGCGGCCAUCGACUCCCCACCUCUUUGGCAGUUAUCUCCAGAUUCUUGCCAUAGUAAAAGCACAAAGAGAGAAAGUAAUGAAGAAAGUGACCAAGAAGAAUAUUUUAAAGAUUGUUUUCCUCUUAAAGAUAAACAAAUCAAGAAUAAUAUUGGUCAAAGAAAGAGCUUUUCUUGGGUGGAAGAUGAAGAAAAGAUGGAUAUGUUAUGGGAAGAUUUUAAUGAAGACUUAAUGUUGAAGAGAAACUAUAGCUGUGGGAAUAGUUCAAGAUUUUCAGGUUCUCAUGAUAUGGUCAAUAUGGGUUGUGUUCCAAUUCAAUCUUUAAGACCGUCUGUUAGAAAUAAUGGUGCUAUGAUUUCUGCUCCAAGGAAGCCUAAUGCUGGCUUUGAGGUUUUCAUGAAAGCCCUGAAGAGGGUUUUCUUGCUUCAUCAAAAUCAUUCCCCUCGAAUCAGACGAGUCAAGAAUCAAUCAUGAUCAAGAUCAAAUCAUGGUUAUGAAUAUUUUUUUUUGUUUAUAUUUCUUGGCUUCAUUCUGAUGAUGAAGAUGAUGAUGGUGAAGCUUUACUCAGCGCCGUUCAAUCCCAGGCUGACAUGUGUCUGGGAAGGUAAUAUAGAUAUAAAAGUUCCAAACCAAUUUGUACAUUUACACAGAAAUUGCUAUUAGUAUUAGUAUGAAGGUGAAAUUUACAGAAGCUCUACAUUUCUUUUACAUUGAUUUGUUGGAUUCUAUCUAGAAGAUAAGGAUAUUCCUCAAAGCCUGAUUGAUUA